AUGCCUAACAGCAGCAAGAUGACUGGGGAACAUGAAAAUGCUUCUUUUCUCUGUGAAGACCCCGUCUAUUACACAAAUAGCAUCGGUAUCACAGUGGACUGGGUGAUAUUCCUCAUAGGACUUCCUGAAGUCUGCCUGGCCUUCUACGCUCUCCUGUUUCUAAUCGAGAAGAACAAAUUUGCUCCGAUCUUCGCGCUGAACCUGCUCCUGUCAGAUCUCCUUCAGAUCGGGAUCACAGUUGUCUUCAUCAUAAGCAGGUUUUUUGAUCCCACCUUCUACCCCUUGCACAGGGCCCGCUGCAUCACACGACACUUUGUCUACUUUGGCAUCACCUGCAGUCUGGGUUUCAUGCUGCUGAUUUCUGCAGAGAGGUAUGUAAUGGUGGCGUGUCCUGUGUGGUACCACACAAAGAACAGAGCGAAGAUAUCCAUCCUGAUCUCAGUUGGCAUGUGGGUCUUUUCACUAGCCUACUGCACUUUGCAGUAUUUCUUAACGAGCGACACCAGAUCCCUCUUCUUGCUGUUCUCCGUCGUCUGCCUGCUGCCUGCUCCAUUUCUUCUGGGUCUCUUCAUCGCCACAUGCAAAGCUCUCAACAAGAGCACGGCCAUGAGACACAGAACAAAGAACAGGAGGAGAGUUUUGGGGGUUCUGGGUCUGGUGUUGGGGACAUACACUGUUUUGUUUUUCCCCUUCAGUUUCAGGAAUCUGUAUUACUCUCUUAAAGGUGACAAUGGCUCGGAUGCAGAGGACUUUGUUAGGGAUUUGUCCAGUGUUGUGACCACCGCUCUGGUCUAUCUCAGCCCUUUGAUAGACUCUUUACUCUAUAUAUUCAUCAGAAAGGACAUUAGGGACACAGUUGAAGCAUUUCCCUGCCUCAAAACAGCUCUGAUGAAGCUAAAGACAUUUCAGGACUCUUCUCGGGCAGAGACGGCUUCAUAA